CGCCUCCAUCGCCGCGGCCCCUUGUCUCCCGCGAUCCAGCCCCGGCGCCUGCCCCAGCCCCUCCCUCCAGGCGGAGGCUUCCCUCGGGUCUUGGUCUGCUCCUGUCUCCCACCGUCUGUCUCCAUCAUCUUCGGCUCCUGGCCCCUCGCAUCGGCCCCAGCAAACCAUCCGGACCCGCAGUGCACUUCAUCCGCCGCACCAAUGACCACCGCCGCCAGCUGUAUCGACCUCGGCACCACAACCGACUGCAAGGAAUUUGCAGGCAACUACAUCGUGGCUGCCUCCUCCGCCGAUGCCGACAACAUGGUUAACCAAGGCAUUGGUGCCGCGUGGCAGAGUGCCAUGCAGACCCAAUUCGCCUGCCCCAACUUUGACGAGACCUCGGUCCGCUACCGGCUGGCCGCCUACUGCGGUCUCCUUGCCGAUAUCUACACCAACUCGGCCCCCAGCAGUGGUGUGAACUGCCCGCAGAACGCCAACCGUCCCGCUACCGCCCACCAAAUCUGUCCCUCGGCCCUCCAAGCAUACCUCAGCACCCUGACUGUCCAGUACAACGGCUGCGACCCAAACAACCAGAGCGAUGCGCGUGCCCAGGAUGUCGCUACGUACCAGCAUCUGUUGAGCGAUCUGUCAUCGACCGAUACCCCUGGAUGCAUCAGCGUCAUGAGUCUGGAGCAGAACAACACCGGUGGCCAGGGCGGAUGCGGCUUCCACACCACCGACAAGUUUGUCGCCUACUGUACCAGCAACCCCACGGAUCCCUGCUGCAACACCAGCAGCGCCUCCUCCAGCAUCUCUGCGACUCCCACGGCAACUACUUCCAAGGCCGUUGUGGCUGCCCCGGCUACCACUGCUGCCUCGCGUCCUACCGCUGCUGCUGCUCCCAGCCCGACCCCAACCCAGGCGGCCAGCGGCACCAAUAUCCCUCUCAUCGCCGGUGCUGCUGGAGGAGCCGCCGUCCUCCUGAUUGCCACAGUCGUGGGCUUCCUCUUCCUGCGCAGAAGAAAGUCCAAGGCGGCUCAACACGAGGAUGUUUAUGACUACGGAAGCACUGCUGGCCCCUUCGGUGGCAACGGCGGAGCCGCCGAUAACAUCCCUGUCGCCGAGACCAUGCAGGCCAUCUACAACUACGUUCCCAACCUGUCCGACGAGUUGUAUAUCUACGUUGGAGACACUGUUAUCGUCAAGAGCAGCUUCGAUGACGGCUGGGCCUUUGGUUUCAACAUGACCACCAAGCAGGAGGGUACCUUCCCGCUUGCCUGCCUGGCUCCCUUCAACGCCCAGGGCCAGGCCGAGCCUGGAAACCAGCAGCGCCAGAUCAAGCAGCGGGCCUCCUCGCUGUACAUUCCCCAGGGCGCCAACUAAGUCCCUCGGGAUGGCUGGUCCAGACUCGGAAGCAUCCUGCCUCCGCUAUUGCUGUGACAAUGCCACCCUCGCCCACACCCUCCCCUCG